AUGGAGUUGCAGAGCUCUUCCGCAACAUUCGCUUCUUUCAGCCGCUCGCUCCUGAACCUCCACCGUGACCUCGACGAUCUGCAGCAGGAGCCAGCCGGGUGGAUUCAAGAGCAGGGCAUUGAUGCGUUUCAGCUUCAUGUCGCGGAGCUAUUCGCGGAGCUUUCUGCCGCUGGAGGAGAUGAUCUUCUUUCCCUUACCUGGAUUCGGAAGCUAUUGGACGCUUUCCUCUUUUGCCAGGAGGAAUUCCGCUUCAUUCUGUUCAACAAUCGCCAUCUCCUCUCCCGAUCUCCAAUGGAUCGUCUCAUCUCCGAUUUCUAUGAUCGCGGCGUCAAAGCCCUGGAUCUAUGCAACGCCAUUCGCGAUGGGAUCGAGCAGGUCAGGCAAUGGGAAAAGCUCAUGGAGAUUGUUCUUAUUGCGUUGGAUCCGCGGCAAAGUUUCAUUAGUCAGGGCCAAAUACGCCGCUCAGAGAAGGCCCUGAUUGACCUAGCUUUCUUCAUACACGACGAGAAGGAAUCCUCAUCUGUUACUGUGCAGCGAAACCGUUCGUUUAGUCUGCAACAACGGGCAGCUGGACACUACAGAUCAUAUUCCUGGAGUGUUUCUAGGUCAUGGUCGGCAGCCAAGCAGCUGCAGGCUAUCGGAAACAAUAUCUAUUUUCCACGUAGCCAUGAGGUUGUUGCCACCAGUGGGCUAGCGAAUUCAGUUUUCACUAUGAAUUCAUUGCUCCAUUUCGUGAUGUGGGUUCUGGUUGCUGCAAUUCCUUGCCAGGAUCGCGGUCUUCAAGCUCAUUUCUCAAUUCUGAAGAGCUUUCCUUGGGGAGCUUCAGUGAUUUCGCUCCAUGAGAGGAUAAUGGAGGAGUCUAAGAAGAGAGAAAGGAAGAAGUCUGUUGGUUUGUUGAAAGAGAUUCAUCAGCUAGAGAAGUGCACUCUUCGCUUGCUGCAGUUGACAGAAUCUGUUGAACAGUUCCCAGAGAGGGAGGAGGAAGAGAUGAUCAGACAGGCAGUGCUUGGAUUCGGUCAUGUCUAUAAUUCAAUGAAGGAUGAUUUAGACCUACUUGAACGACAAAUUAGACAUGUUUUCCAUGAGAUUGUGCACAGCCGAAUUGAUGGGCUUGAUUGCUUGCAUAAACCGAAAUGA